AUGCUGAAACGGGCAAAGAAAAUUUUAAGAUCAGAACUUAGUCUAAAGGAAGAUUUGGAGGCAGAACUUACUCAUAAUUCUACUGAUGAUGGACCAUCCAUUCGCAAGGAAUGCGCAUACUGCGGCAACGAUCGCAUGACUUACGUUACCCUUCAGACUCGUUCAGCAGAUGAGGGGCAAACAGUGAUUUAUACCUGUACACAAUGUUCUAAAAAAGAGGUUGAAAAUACUUAA